GAAGUGCUUCUUCACAGUGCAUACUUAAACCACAGAACCCACUAUCACAAGAUGCUGUGAUGACCACCAGUUAAAGGGGAUUAGACAAAUUCACAGAGAAUAGUUGCAUAAUUAUUAUCCCCAGCUCCCAGUGCUGACUAGUCCUGAUACUGCCUGCAGUACCAGAAAGAGUGUGCCUCUUUAUAUCUGUUGCUGGGGAAACAGUGGGAGGAACACCUGUGUUGCUCCUGGGCUUCACAUGGGUAUCUGGCAUGCUGCUGCAGAACACCAUGCUGGCCUCGACAGGCCUUUCAUCUGACCUAGUGUGGCUCUUCUUACUUGCUGUGUCCUUACUUCUGUUUUACCUAUCACACAGCAAUGAUUCCUCUGACUUACAGUACUUAAUUCAUUCGAAUUCUCUUUUCUGCAGCAUGUACAAUGUCUUUACCUACAACAGGACCAUCUUCACCACAAUCAUCUGGCCCAUGCAGUGCCAGAAGAACCGAAUCCCAGGACAUUCCUGACAUUGUUAAUAACAUGAAGUACGAUGCGGAAAGAUUGUUUGGCAGAAUUAAUGUCAUCUAUCUUUUAGAAAAAGCCAAUCUUGCGGUAACUUUAACAAAUCAAAAGAAUGUAAACCUUGCUUACGCUGUAUUUCUGAACUAUCCGAACUGGAAUAUUGUUGAUCAGGCCCACUGGGAAGAUUACUUAGAGCAAAAAUAUGUCCACACCAAAUGUACACCUUUAAAUACACUCUUUAUGCAUCUGUUUCUGACAACGGAUGAAUAUGCAGUUGAUUGUUGCCAUGAAAUCAUGAAGACUGUCUUCAAAACUGUGCCAGAGCUGCAUUUUGUACUUCUGUUCAUACCUGCUCAAGAGGACUUAGGUACAGACUUAGCAACCGCUUUUGUGCCCAUGGAGAGUAUAUCAGAUUCAACUCAGAGUAUGGAUUACAGCCUCUAUGUGUCACACAGGCACCAGUUUUGUCCCCAGCUGUAUGUCCGCCGUGCCAGGGUGGAAGACCAUGAUGAUCUGGCCCCCCUCUUUGCACGCCACAAUGAUACUCUGAAGCAAACGUACGGAGAAUACUUCCUUGCUGAACUGAUAGAAGCGCAAGAUGAAGAGAACAUUGCUGUGGUUUGUGAGGACGGUGGCCUGGCAGUUGGCUUCAUGAGCGUGUGCUCGGAGGUGAAUAUCCAGUUGCUGCACGAAUGCUUUGAGCUGGGUCCAUUCCAUGGGCUCUGCAAGCCGCACCCAGAUGACAUUCUCCAGCCACCGCAAGUCAUCAGCGACACAGUUGAAGUACCCAGCAGCCUAAUUAGCCCAAACCAGUCUGCUGCUGAUACAUAUACAAAGAGUGCUAGCAAUAUUGGAAGCCUCUUUUCCCAGUUGUCAGAUCCUAGUUCUAUAAUGUCUCCAAAAGGAAGUAUUCAGAGUAGAUCAUCAAAGAGAGAGGAAAUCCUUGCUUAUACUUCACUGGAGUUGCCAUCAGGCAGCGAGAGAAGCAUGCAAGAGAGCGAGAGAAGCAUGCGAGAGAGCGAGAGAAGCAUUUUGAAAUCCACAGAGACCCUGUCCACCGCCAGUUUUGAGAGUGAGCCUUUCCGUGCCCAGUAUAAAGGAGCUGCGAAUGCUUUUUGUAUUCAGCUGUUUUGUAUUGCGGAGAAAUACGAAGCAAGGUCACUGGACUUCUUGCACUUUGUUUUCAGCCUUUUUCCAGACAAAGAUUUCUGCAUCAUCACGGUGCCCCACCUGGUGCCUGAAUUUCAUCUGAUCCAGAACUUCGUACGAGUUGUUCCCUUUAAUCAUUCUACCCUGGACCAUGAGCUGUAUGUGUUUCACCGUUCUGGAUUGCUCAAGUCUUUUCUUGUAAGAGCAGCGAAAUCUGAUGAUGUAUCUGCUGUUGAAGCGCUAAUCAAAACCCUGAAAUUGCACAAAAGCAUACUGGAUGACUUGAAUAAAUACCUGUCAGCACGAAGAGAUCCGGAUGGGACACCGGUCCAGGCCUAUGUAGCAGAAGUUUUGGGACAAAUAGUUGGAGUAUCAGUUAUUAGGAAUGAAAUGGAUGUUGAAUAUAUUCGCUCACACUACAACAUCGAAGACUUUAUUUAUUUCAGUCACUAUCAACAGGAAGAGCAUGGGCACCUUUACCAUUUUGCUCUGAACCCAAUCUUUCAUCACUAUGCCAAGCAUUUUAUGAAGGAAAUCCUCCGGCUAGCCCACAAAUCUUGCCUCUACUAUCCCAUUUAUCCUCAGCCGGAAGAAGGCAAGUUCCAGAAUCCCUGUGCCCAUUCCCUGACAUCUGCCCUUUAUUACAUGGUUCCCGUGCGACCAAGACGACAGAUUGUCUAUCCUCUGGAAAAACUUGGCAUAAAUGCGCCAUCAAAAGAGGUCUCCAAGGAUCAGGCGAAGUAUGCCCUGAACCACUUUAAUCAGAAGUUGUCCCUGGAGCCCAAGGUGUCCGUCAACACUAGAAUAGUUGUUGUAGGGGCAUCAAAUGUCGGAAUCUCCUUUCUGGAGACACUGAUAUUUUGUCCACACCUGAGGUUCAACAACCUUACCUUGAUUUCAACGCAUGGACUUCCAGGGAAAGAUGCGUCGAACAAUCUGCACAAGCGAUUUUUAAUCAACAGCUACUGCUUCAACGAGGAUGACUAUGCCCUGAUGUCCCUUGGUUCGUGGAUUAAUGUUGUGGUUGGAAAAAUGACUGGCAUAGACAGAUCUCUGAAGCAUGUGAUUGUUUCCAAGGAGAGAAAAGUUCCCUAUGAUUAUCUCAUCCUUUGCACUGGCCAACAGUUUCAGGUUCCAUGCCCGACUGGCGCAGACAUUAGUAAACUGCUCACUAACAGAGAGGUUUCAAAAGACAGUGGACAAAGAUAUACGGGAGCAGUGCCUUCCAAUCUUUUUGUUAUUUGCGACGAUGAGGAUGCCUUGGUAGCGAUGAAGUGGCUACGAGAAAAAGUUACUUAUUCCACAGGGAACGUCAUUGUCUACGGGAACACAAUUGACACUUACACCACGGUAGAAUCCCUCUUGUCGCUGGGGAUCAAUGGCGGCCGCAUCCACCUCGUGCAUCCUCCAUUGUGCUCCAACGUGACUGCUCUCAACAACAACGCCAUCGAGAGGGCUGUCCAGAAAGCGCUGGCCAAGGCGGGUGUGACCGUGCACCACGAGAGCCUUCUGGCUCAGUGGAACGAUGGCAGCCACCCAGACCCGAUCACGUCGGCCUCUUUUACCACCAGCACAAAGCCCUUCAAAUUGCAGUGCUCCGCAUUCUUUAGCUUUACCCACAAAUCAGUGGAUUAUGACACCUUCAAGGCGGUUAACGACGCAUGUCUGGUGUACGAUGGGAGGCUUGUGAUAGAUACCAACUUCCAUACCAACGAUGUGGCCAUAAGAGCAGCAGGUCCUCUGACCAAAUUCUCCAACAUAUACUACGCCAACGAAUGGACACACAGCAAUUUCAGUUCGAAGGAGAUUGGCUUCCAGCUGGCCGCUGCCAUGCUGAGCCUUUUCGACCUGACUCUGGAACCAGUCCUCGAACCUCCGGAAGAUAUGGAUAGGCUCAUUCCGAUGUACAAGGGGUGCAAAGUUCAAGGUGGUGUUCUACCUGAAAAAUAUAAUUAUGUGCACAUUUUUAAACCUGGAAUUCCCACUCGCUUGGAUGUACAAGAAACACAACCUAAUUAUGGAAUAGCAAUCACAACCGGAGAUGCUGUGAAGGGAAAUUACUUCAGAAUACAUGUCAACCAGUACAGCAUGAUAGAAACCAUCACCUGCUUUUCCAAGAAGCACAUUCCCGUCUCCAACUACAUCUGCUUCUUUGGACAGCAUGAGCGUCUUCUGAACAAUCUCUGCUCUCGCUGGAGGGAGGGACUGAUCACCAAUCUCUAUAGCUACUUCAAGGAGCCUUGGGCCCUGCCCAUCUAUCACGACCGCUUUAUCGAUCUGAAGAAGGAACUGCGCCAGAUCCUCGAAUCUGUCCAGAACGAAGGGGCUCCCUCGAUGCAAGAACUGGUCCGCCAAGUGGUAGAAGGUGAGCUGACGCUGCUGGAGCGGCCAAAGACUUAUCUCAAGCGGUCCUUUAAGCAAGCCAUCUGCAAGAGCUUGGUGGAGAAAAGCAUCCUGGAUUACCUGAACUAUAACCGUUACCACCUUCCAAUGUACGCCUGGCCAGGAAUAGUUUAGCUAUGGAUCUCGGCGCCUCUUGAAACUACACUCACACUAAACGCUUUCCUUCACGAGCAUCUAGUGAACAGGAUCAAACCUGCCGUAUUUGAACACCCAGCAGGUGGGGCAUGACUUUGCUUUUGUGAUCCAGAGGGUUUUUAAAGCCAUCUAGUUACGUGAUUAUGCAGAAAAAUGCCUACGGAUGGAUGGUGAAGCGUUCUGAAAUGCAAGCAUUAAUUACCGCUCGGUGAAAUGAUGGGAAAAGGUUCCACGGGGCCUUCAGUCCCACAG